GUAGCAGAUACAGAGCAGGUCCUGGUGGGGCAGUCACUGCUGUUGUGUUGUGUGUGGAGAUCUCUCAGAGCAGCAGCCCCUGAUCAUGUGACUCCACCUCCUCCAUGUGACUGAUCACAUGACGGUGACAUCAUCGCAGGUCCUGUAAGCACACGGCUCCUCUACAGAUACAGGUUUCUCCAAUCCAGGAUCCUCUGCUGAUAUCUUCUAUAUAAGAGAAUUCUCCUGGAUGACCCAUCAACCAUGGAAAGAGACAGGAACAAGAUGGCCGACAGGAUCAUAAACCUCACCCUACAGAUACUCUUCCGGCUUACUGGAGAGGAUUACACAGUAGUGAAGAAGUCCUCUAGUGGGCGCUGUCGGGCCCCUGAGUGUGAAGGAUGGGCAAGAAACCUGAGCCCAAUCCCGGGGCCCCCACCUCACUCCCUGAUACAUGAGGAAAUGGAUGAACAGAAGAUCCUAGAACUCAUCAAUAAGAUGGUGGAGCUGCUGACUGGAGAGGUUCCUAUAAGGUGUCAGGACGUGGCGGUCUAUUUCUCCAUGGAGAAGUGGGAGUAUGUAGAAGGACACAAGGAUCAGUACAAGGAUCAGGUCAUGAUGGAGGAUCAGCAGCCCCUCACAUCACCAGUCAGAUCCAGUAAGAGAACAGCACCAGAGAGGUGUCCCCGUCCUCUUCUUCCACAGGAUGAUCAGGGUGAAGAUCCAAACAAUAUUAAUGCUCCAGAGACAUAUGUGAGCAGUGAUGAGCAGUAUAAGGAGGACAUUCCUACAGGGAGAGAUCUGAUCUAUAUUAAUGCUACAGACAUAAAGGAAGAAGAAGAGACAGAUGUGAGCUGUGAUGAGCAGUAUAAGGAGGACAUUCCGACAGGAAAAGAUCUGAACAAUAUUAAUGCUACAGAUAGGGAGGAAGAAGAAGAGACAGAUGUGAGUGGUGAUGAGCAGUAUAAGGAGGACAUUCCGACAGGAAAAGAUUUGAACAAUAUUAAUGCUACAGAUAGGGAGGAAGAAGAAGAGACAGAUGUGAUUGGUGAUGAGCAGUAUAAGGAGGACAUUCCUACAGAGAGAGAACUGAUCUAUAUUAAUGCUAAAGACAUAAAGGAAGAAGAAGAGACAGAUGUGAGCUGUGAUGAGCAGUAUAAGGAGGACAUUCCGACAGGAAAAGAUCUGAACAAUAUUAAUGCUACAGAUAGGGAGGAAGAAGAAGAGACAGAUGUGAGCUGUGACGAGCAGUAUAAGGAGGACAUUCCUACAGGUAACCACUCAGAUUCUUAUACCAGGAGAUCAGAGGAGAAUCUUAUAUCUUCAGAUUAUAAAGCAGAUGAUGAUAUCACACAAGAUACAUAUGAAGAACAUUCCAUUAUCCCAGAUACACCCUCAGCCCUUCACAGCCAAGAUCUGUCAUCUCAUCCUUAUAUACAGGUCCUGUCUUCUCAUUCAUCACAGAAAAGUCACAGAAGGAAUGUUGGACAUCAACAAGCUCACACAGGAAAGAAACACUAUUCAUGCUCAGAAUGUGGGAAAUGUUUUCCUUUUAAAUCAGGUCUUGUUAUACAUCAAAGAACUCACACAGGAGAGAAGCCAUUUCCAUGUUCAGAAUGUGGAAAAUGUUUUACUCAAAAAUCAUAUCUUUUUGAACAUCAGAGAACUCACACAGGAGAGAAGCCAUUUCCAUGUUCAGAAUGUGGAAAAUGUUAUACUCAAAAAUCAUAUCUUGUUGAACAUCAGAGAACUCACACAGGAGAGAAGCCAUUUCUAUGUUCAGAAUGUGGAAAAUGUUUUACUCAAAAAUCAUAUCUUGUUGAACAUCAGAGAACUCACACAGGAGAGAAGCCAUUUCCAUGUUCACAAUGUGGAAAAUGCUUUACUUGUAAAUCAAAACUUGUUAGACAUCAGAGAACUCACACUGGAGAGAAGCCAUUUCCAUGUUCAGAAUGUGGAAAAUGUUUUACUGCAAAAUCAAGUCUUGUUAAUCAUCAAAGAACUCACACAGGAGAGAAGCCAUUUUCAUGUUCAGAAUGUGGAAAGUGUUUUUCUAAGAGAUCAAGUCUUGUUUAUCAUCAAAAAACUCACACAGGGGAGAAGCCAUUUUUAUGUUCAGAAUGUGGAAAGUGUUUUAUUGAGAAAUCAAGUCUUGUUUAUCAUCAAAAAACUCACACAGGGGAGAAGCCAUUUCCAUGUUUAGAAUGUGGAAAAUGUUUUACUAUUAAAUCAAGUCUUGUUUAUCAUCAAAGAACUCACACAGGAGAGAAGCCAUUUUCAUGUUCAGAAUGUGGAAAAUGUUUUACUCAUAAAUCAGAUCUUGUUAAACAUGAAAGAACUCACACAGGACAGAAGCCAUUUUCAUGCUCAGAAUGUGGGAAAUGUUUUACUGAGAAAAAAACACUUAACAGACAUCUAAGAAUUCACACAGGAGAGAAGCCAAUUCAGAGACCCAGUAGGGUGGCGAAUAUCUCCAUUGUCACUUUUCACAAUGCCUCCGGAGCCCAGGACUCCGAGAGCCCUUUAACACGAAUGUUUUUACGGCAGCUCCUACUUUCUUGGUCCUCUAUGAGAAAUAGGGCGGAAUUAACAUGGUCAGUUCAGAGAUCACAGGCUUUAGGGCAUCGAGAGUGCUUUCUUCAUGAAGGAUUUAAUGAAGUGCUGUGUCACCAUCGCUCUGAUGCUGCCCGCAUACUACAAUCCCAUCCAGAACUGCAAGCUCUGCUGUCCUUUUUACCUACAAAACAUGAUAUUUUGGCCCUUAAGGAGGAUCUCCACGCUUCCUGGCGAGAAGAUAUCCAGGUGGUGCAGUCUGAGGUGGAUACCCUCUCUGCCAAAGUGGGUGCUCUGGAUUCCUUUCGUGUUGUCACCCAGACCUCUAUUGCCGAGCUGCGGGAUGCUGUAACUAGACAAGCGAACAAUCAGAAAUUGCUACAUUCUCACAUGGAUGAUCAGGAAAACCGCAACCGGCACAAUAAUAUUCGACUGCGGGGGCUCCUGGAAGCGACAAAAGCAGAUGUCCUUUCUACCUCUAUAGGCAUUAUAAUAUUUUCUGACCAUGCCCUGGUAUUCUGUGACCUUUCUCUCCCCAAUAGCCAGAGGAGGGACUUUAUGUGGAGACUCAAUGAAUCGCUUCUCUCCGACCCGCUGUGCCUUGCUGAUCUGAAAGCAGCGAUUUCUAACUUCGUCAUAGACCACUCGACUGAUUCCACCUCGCCUCAGUGCCAGUGGAAAGCAUUGAAGUGUGUACUGCGUGGAGUCCUGAUCCAACAUGGGUCCCGCGUGAAGCGAGAAGCGUCCCAAAAACUAAAAGACCUUCUCGCACAAUUACACAUUCUUGAGUCUCAGCAUAAGGCGACUCUUUCUGAGAGUGUCCUCCGAGACUUGAUCAAAGUGCGGAAGGAUGUUCAGUGUCAGGCUCCUGUGUGUGAAGGAUGGGGAAGAACCCUGAGCCCAAUCCCGGGGCCCCCACCUCACUCCCUGAUACAUGAGGAAAUGGACGAACAGAAGAUCCGAGAACUCAUCAACAAGAUGAUGGAGCUGCUGACUGGAGAGGUUCCUAUAAGGUGUCAGGACAUGGCGGUCUAUUUCUCCAUGGAGGAGUGGGAGUAUGUAGAAGGACACAAGGAUCAGUACAAGGAUCAGGUCAUGAUGGAGGAUCAGCAGCCCCUCACAUCACCAGUCAGAUCCAGUAAGAGAACAGCACCAGAGAGGUGUCCCCGUCCUCUUGAUGAGCAGAAUAUGGAGGUCAUUACUACAGGGAAAAAUCUGAUCUUUAUUAAUGCUACAGACAUAAAGGAAGAAGAGACGGAUGUGAGCGGUGAUGAGCAGUAUAAGGAGGACAAGGACAUUCCUACAGGGAAAGGUCUGACUUAUAUAAAUGCUACAGACAUAAAGGAAGAAGAAGAGACAAAUGUGAGCGGUGAUGAGCAGUAUAAGGAGGACAAGGACAUUCCUACAGGGAAAGGUCUGACUUAUAUAAAUGCUACAGACAUAAAGGAAGAAGAGACAGAUGUGAGCGGUGAUGAGCAGUAUAUGGAGGACAAGGACAGUCCUAUAGGAAAAGAUCUGAUCUAUAUGAAUGCUUCAGACCUAAAGGAAGAAAAAGAGACAAAUGUGAGCAGUGAUGAGCAGUAUAAGGAGAACAUUCCUACAGGUAACCGCCCAAAUUCUUGUAGCAGGAGAUCAGAGGAGAAUCUUCUAUCUUCAGAUUAUAAAGCAGAUGAUGAUAUCACACAAGAUACAUAUGAAGAACAUUCCAUUAUCCCAGAUACACCCUCAGCCCUUCACAGCCAAGAUCUGUCAUCUCAUCCUUAUAUACAGGUCCUGUCUUCUCAGUCAUCACAGAAAGGUCACAGAAGGGGUGUUGGACACCAACGAGCUCAUACAGGAAAGAAACCAUAUUCAUGCUCAGAAUGUGGGAAAUGUGUUACUUCUAAAUCAAGUCUUGUUAAACAUCAGAGAAUACACACAGGGGAGAAGCCAUUUGCAUGUUCACAGUGUGGAAAAUGUUUCACUCAGAAAUCAUAUCUUGUUGAACAUCAAAGAACUCACACAGGGGAGAAGCCAUUUUCAUGUUCAGAAUGUGGGAAAUGUUUUCCUUUUAAAUCAGGUCUUGUACAUCAAAGAACUCACACUGGAGAGAAGCCAUUUUCAUGUCCAGAAUGUGGGAAAUGUUUUACUAAUCAAUCAAGUCUUAUUCAACAUCAAAGAACUCACACUGGAGAGAAGCCAUUUUCAUGUCCAGAAUGUGGGAAAUGUGUUACUAAUCAAUCACAUCUUAUUCAACAUCAAAGAACUCACACUGGAGAGAAGCCAUUUUCAUGUCCAGAAUGUGGGAAAUGUUUUACUAAUCAAUCAAGUCGUCUUCAACAUCAAAGAACUCACACUGGAGAGAAGCCAUUUUUAUGUCCAGAAUGUGGGAAAUGUUUUAUUGAUCAAUCAAGUCUUAUUCUACAUCAAAGAACUCACACUGGAGAGAAGCCGUUUUCAUGUGCAGAAUGUGGGAAAUGUUUUACUCAGAAAUCAGGUCUUAUUCAACAUCAAAGAACUCACACAGGGGAGUAGCCAUUUUCAUGUGCAUAAUGUGGGAAAUGUUAUACUGUGAAAUCAAAUCUUGUAAAAACAUCAAAGAACUCACACAGGGAAGAAGCCAUUUUUCAUGUGCAGAAUGUGGGAAAUGUUUUACUGAUAAAUCAAGUCUUAUUCAACAUCAAAGAACUCACACAGGGAAGAAGCCAUUUUUCAUGUGCAGAAUGUGGGAAAUGUUUUACUGAUAAAUCAAGUCUUAUUCAACAUCAAAGAACUCACACAGGGGAGAAGCCAUUUUCUGUUUCAAUAGUUUUUAUUGAAUAUUUUUUGACAAUCUAAAAGAACAAUGCAAGUCCCUUGCAGGGGACUAAGUAGAAGUCAAGCAAGUAUAUAAACAGGUAAACAUACAAGUAAAAAAAAUCAAAAGAACCUAAGAACAAAGGUGGAAUAAGUUGACUUGUACAAUUGCAAGAAUAUAUGGCAAUGUGUCUUUGAACUCUAAUGGGCUAGUCAUAUAGGAAUAGCGAGCGUUGACCCACUACAGGGUUUGAGUGUCAAGAGUUUAGUUACUCUUCGUGGCAUGUAAACAGUCUACAUCCUGAUAUCUAUCUCAGUAGGAAAUGAUGGGAGCGGUAAUGGAGGGUAAAGGAACAGGUAGGGGUAGGAGGGUGUAGGGGUAAGAGGUGUAAGGAGUCAGGAGAAGGUGUUGAAAGGAUAGGCAGGUAGGAGAAGGGGGGGGGGGGGUGGAGGAUCGUAGAAAAGGACCCGCAAAGGGAAUGUAAGUGAUCUCAGCAGGUUAUAUAGUACCAGUAGCCUGUGUUGUGGAAGACCACCUAUUCCAUCGCUUGUGAAAUAUGAGCCGUUACCAUAGGCGAUGAUGCGUUCAUAUGUGUAGGUGGUAUUUACUUUAUUAAUGACCAUGUCUAUAGAUGGGGUGUUGGGUGAUUUCCUAAUGCUGGUAAGUGAAAUUUUCAUCACAAUUAGGAUAAUACAUAUUAAGUCUCUCUGGGGUCUAGGUAUAUCAGAUAAAUCGAGAAACAAUAAAAUCUGUUGUGGGGUCCAGGCCCUCUCCUCCCCUAAAACCUCAUUCAAGAGCUGUUUGCAGGCGAGCCAGUAGGCUUUAAUGGAGGGAUAUUCCCACAAAAUGUGUAACAAUGUGCCCCUCUGUCCACAAUCACGCCAACAUAGUCCAGUGAUUUCUGAGUAGAUGUGGGACAGGCGCUCAGGAGUGUAGUACCACCUCAAUAUGGUCUUCAUAGCAGAUUCAACAUGUGAAACACAUUGAAAGGCUCUAUGUAUAUUCUGGAAAGCCGCUCACCAUUGGGAUUCAAAGAUAGAUUUGCCCAGCUCGUUUUCCCAGGAACGAAAGGGGUGUGAUUUGCGAAAUUGGGAAGUAUGGGAUACAUUAGAAUAUAAGGGGCGAAGGCCCUUUAGGUUGCUAGAGAGAAAAAUGUAAGAGGGUUUAUGUAACUGGAUGGAAGAUGGUGGAGUAUGAAGUAAGAAAUGACGCAAGCGCAGAAACUUGUAGACGUCAGAGUGAGAAAUAGAAAAGGUAGAGUGCAAUUCUGAAAAGGGUAGUAGGGUUUCAGAUAAAUAAAGUUGGUGGAGAUGUGUUAGCCCACUGUGAAUCCAUGGGACCAGCCAUAUGUCAGGGCUCAUGCUUUGUAUAAGAGAUAUGGGAAUGAGAGUUUUGUCCGUGGUUGUGUCCACUAGAGAGAGGUUUGUUACCCAUGCCUUAAAUGAGGCCGCCACAAUAGCGUUGGAAGAGGGGGCGGUGUGUGGAGACCAGUAUGGCAGAAAAAGAACGUCUUUAAGUAAGUAUGGGGAAACCAAGGAGUUUUCUAUAUGGACCCAAGCAGUAGUCAAAUCUUCCUUGCACCAACCUCUCAACAUCCCCACCAGGGCGGCAAGAUAAUAACACCACAAAUCUGGUGCUCCAAGUCCUCCCAUGUCUCUGUACUUAGUCAAUAUGGAUGCGGCCAAUUUGGGCCUGUUGCCUGACCACACAAAGGAUGACAAAAGGGCUUGGGCCUUAGAAAAGAAGGAUUUAGGAACAGCAAUCGGGAGGGUUCUAAAGAGAUGGAGGAAGCGGGUAGAAGAAGCAUUUUAAAGGCUGCUACUCUGCCUGUCCAAGAUAUGUCGAUAGAGCUUAGUCUGUCCACUUCAACGCCGAUGGUCUGUAGGAAAGGUUCAUAGUUAUUGGAGUAUAGUAGGUUAUGAGGGUAUGUUAGUUUGAUUCCUAGAUAUUUAACACUAGUGGUUUGCCAAUCAAAGGGAUGCACGUUUUUAAGGGUAUCUACCAGGGCGGGGUGAAGGUUUAGAGGAAGGGCCUGAGUUUUAGUGGCAUUAAGGUGGUAAUAGGAAAGCUGACAAAAGUGAAGUAUGGAGGUCAUGGCAGCCGGCACAGAUACAGAGGGAUCAGUAAGUGAUAAAAUAAUAUCAUCUGCAUAUAAUGAGAUGAGGUGAUGUUGUCCUGCAAUGGAGACUGCAGAGAUUUGGAGUCUCCCUGCCUCAGCGCCUGCGCCAAUGGCUCCCGACAUAGAAUGAAUAUAAUGGGUGAAAGGGGGCACCCCUAUCUGGUUCCAUUGGUGAUACCAAAGGCUUCCGCAAGGAUGCCAUUCACAAAGACCUUGGCAGAGGGUUCGGUAUACAGCGAUGUGAUCGCACUAUAAAUGGUUCCACUAAAUCUCAGGUGCCGGUGGACCGAGACGACGAACAGCCAGCGGAGCCGGUCGAAUGCCUUCUCGGCAUCAAGAGCUAGGAUCAAAGCAGAGGUUUUAUGGGUUUCAACAUGGUGUAAAACAUGUAGAAGGUGGCGGGUAUUGUCCGUAGCUUGACAGCCUGGGACAAACCCUGCUAGAUCAGGGUGGAUCAAACUGGGGAGAAAUUUGGUGAGCCUGUUGGCUAUGAGUUUUGCAAAAAUCUUUAGGUCUUGGUUAAGUAAUGAUAUUGUCAAUGUACUAGCAAAAUGUAUAUCGGCACCACUUUAACUGCAGUGAGAUCCCGGCAAGGACUCAAUCUGUACGCUCAGCACACCUGGACAAUUAAACCCCUUGAAAGACUUCAACUUCAGUAGUGCUCACUCCACAAAGUAUGAGAACAAAGCAAUCAUUCGGAACGAAGAAGAAGAAAAGGGAGCACAUACCAGAGAUGUUGAAAUGCAGUAUUCGGCUUUAUUUCAUCUU